AAUCUGAAAGAAAAGAAGGAAAAACAUCUUAAAUACGAGAAUCUGUGAGGGACGGUGAAAAGAAAGGGGAGAUUUGCGAGCAGGGGUUGCUGGACAGUGGAGCCAAGGGAGAAGAAGUAGACCAGCGGUUGCCGGACGAUGAAACGAAGGGGAAAAGGUGACCAACGGUGGCCGGACGGUGAAGGUGGCGAGGAAGAUCGGUGAGCAGGGAACCUGUAAGGAGGAGGAGGAGGAGGAGGAGGAGGAGGGAGGCGUUGGGUCAGCUGGGGUGUAUUUGGUGAAAACGGCACCGUUUUCAAAGGGCGCCCAAAUCCAAUUAAUCGUUUAACGAUGUCCUCCCCCAAAUCCAAUUUACUGAAAUACAUUUAAUCGAAGGCUGAACUUGAAAGCCCGAGAAAAAUAAAAUACAGAGAGAACCAUCGCUAUCGAAAUCGAGGAAGAUUUUCAUGGAAAACACAAACGCGAACUCCUGAAAUCACAGGCCUUGAACCCCCCGAAACCCCGAAAUAGAAUGGCAAUCUUGUCUCUGUCACUGACACUUUGCUGCCUCUGCAUAUCACUCGCUGCCAUUUCUGCAACCGAUACACUGACUCCACUCCAGAGGCUCAAGGUUGGCCAAAGUCUGAUCUCAGCCAACCAGCGAUUCGAGCUGGGUUUCUUCGCCCCUCCCGGCCAAAUUAAAAUCAGGUAUUUGGGCAUUUGGUACAGGAACAUAAACCCGCUCACAGUGGUUUGGGUCGCCAACAGGACCAACCCGGUAAAGAAUUUGCAUGCCUCACUGAUGCUCGACUUCAAUGGCGGCCUUUCCGUUCAAGAUCGCAGGCGGUGCCAGGUUUUGCUAUCAAUGCCGGCGAAGACGGUCCAAAACCCAGUUAUGCAGCUUCUAGAUUCCGGCAAUCUUGUUGUUAGAGAUGAUAUCGGUGUUUCUUCUGGUGGGUAUUUAUGGCAAAGCUUUGAUUAUCCCAGUGAUACAUUAUUGCCUGAAACGAGGAUUGGUUGGGACUACGAAUCGAGGCGAAACCGCGUUAUCACGUCGUGGAAGAACAUUGAUGAUCCGUCGACUGGUGAUUUCACAUUCGGGUUGGAGAAACCUCAAUUGCCCCAGUUGGUGUUGAAGAGGAAUUCAAACACGCAAUCUAGAUGGGGUCCGUGGGAUGGGGUAAGGUUCAGUGGUACAAAUGUUUUAGGGACUAACCCUGUUUUUCACCCCAUGUUCAUGUCCCAAAGCAAUGGGCUUUACUUCUCAUUUAACGUUAUAGAUGAGUCGGCUCUUGUGAGAUUAGUUUUGACUUCGUUGGGCCAGGUUCAGUUUCUGGUUUGGAAUAGCAAUGGCAGUAAAUGGAUCCCAAUGGUUACCCUUAAUGGGGAUGCUUGUGAAGGGUAUGGGUUGUGUGGGCUUUAUGGAGUUUGCUACCUUGAUGGGCCGAAUUGUCGGUGCUUGAAAGGGUUCAACCCUAAUUCAAUGCGCGAUUGGACGGAUAAAAUGGAUCUCAGAGGUGGGUGUAGCAGAAACUUUAAGCUGAAUUGUGAUGGAGAUGGGUUUGUGAAGUACAAGGGAUUGAAGUUGCCGGAUAAUGCAAUAGUGUGGCCAGACCUCCUGUACAAGGAAUGUGAGAAAAUCUGCCUAAGGGAAUGUAGCUGUAUGGCUUUUGCCUUCAUAAAUAUUUAUGGAAAUGGUAGUAACUGUGUGGUGUGGUUGGAUCGGCUACUUGACAUGCGCGGUUUUCUGCAAGGUGGGGAUGAGAUUCAUAUUCGUAUGGCUCGAGAUGAACUGGAGUCCAUUGCUUCAGCCAAGCGGAAAAGAACCCAGACCUUGAUUGCUGUCAUCCUUGCAUUAGUUGUAACUGGAAUGGUUUUGUUGGGUUUUCUUCGCUGGUGCUGUGUGCAUAAGGUUAUACGUAGCGCAGUUUGCAGAAGCAAUCCACUAAUACAUUCCAAUGGGUGUCAGGAGGAGAACUCAGAAUUCAAACAUUUUAAUAUCCGUGUCAUCUCUGCUGCUACUGACAACUUCUCUAACAAUAACAAGAUUGGACAGGGCGGUUUUGGCCCUGUCUACAUGGGUGAGUUACCUUCAGGACAACUUAUUGCUGUAAAGAGGCUCUCCAGAACUUCCCAACAAGGUGUUGAACAGUUUGAGACUGAGUCCAGUUUGAUUGCAAGGCUUCAGCACCGGUACCUUGUCAAGCUGCUAGGAUGCUGUGUUCAUGAAGAAGAAAGAAUGCUCAUCUAUGAGUACUUGCCAAACAAAAGCCUGGACAAAUUCAUUUUUGAUGAAGCAAGGAAAGGGCUCCUUUCAUGGGCUAAGCGGUUUGACAUUAUUCUUGGGGUUGCCAAGGGGCUCGCUUAUCUUCACGAUGAUUCAGGGUUGAGAAUAGUCCACCGUGAUCUUAAAGCAAGCAAUAUUUUGUUGGACAGCGAGAUGAUGCCCAAAAUUUCAGAUUUUGGUCUAGCAAAAAUCUUGGAAGGCAAUCAUGAGGAGGCGACAUCCAGGAGAGUAAUUGGGACAUAUGGCUAUAUAUCUCCCGAGUAUGCAAUGCAGGGCCAGUUUUCAGUUAAGUCUGAUGUGUUCAGCUUUGGCGUUUUGGUGUUGGAGAUCGUAAGUGGCCAGAGGAAUUGGGGGUAUCUACAACCUGACCAAGACUUGAACCUUGUAGGACAUGGAUGGAACCUGUGGAGGCAAGGGAAGGCCCUAGAACUCGUGGAUUCGACACUGGAAGGGUCGUUUUCUGAGAUCGAAAUUCUGAGAUCCAUCCAAGUAGGCCUAUUGUGCGUGCAGAACAUUCCAACCAGCCGGCCAACAAUGUCGACAGUGGUCUAUAUGCUGAGCAACAAAAACAUGGAGUUGCCGCAACCAAUGGAACCGGGUUUCUUUGCAAGAAGCUCUCCCCUGCAGUGUUCUGUCAGUGCCAAUGGGCUAACCCUCACAACCUUAACUCCUAGAUAAAAGGAACAUUUGAACUGCCAUAGACAGGAUGAACAGAGUUGAUAGAAUCAUCGCUGUUCAACAAUAUACCAGUUGGAUAGGAAAAUUUUGAAUGAACAUGAUUGCAUUUGUUGAAUAGAUAUAGGUUUGACCAAUCUGUGGCAAUUCUGAUAACAUUCUCAGGAUUAAUAUAAGUUCCAGUUAGGAGAUCCCAGAUCCCGAUAAUAUUGUAUAGGAUCUCUUUGGUUUUCCAAUGUUGUGCUGCCACCAUAUCCUAUGAAAAAGUUUGGAUUAUACCUAGAUCUUGGGUUAAAUUUCAUUCAUGUUUAUCCAAGAAUGAAAACUGCACACCAAAUUUCAUUUUUCUUUUUUUUUUUUUUAAGAAAAAAAAAAAAUCAAACCGCCCCGGUUGAAGUUUUGAUGUAACAAGUCUUCUCCUUCUAGAUGGCUUCUGCCGCUUGAGUGGUUUAAGC